AUGACAAAGCGACAGCAGCGCGAUGACGACUCUGUGGAAGCUGAGACGCCCACAAAGCGAGUCCGACGAGCGACUGCGAAAGCGGCUGCGGUGAUUGAGGAGACGGAGUCUGAAGGAGAGGUAGAUUCCGAAUACGAGACGCCACAGAGUCGCCAAAGUGGUACGCCGUCAAGGCGAACGGCCUCGAAGAGCAAUGGGACGGCUACGCCGAAGCCGAACGGCAAGACGCUCUUUGCAACACCAAGUAAGAGAGCAGCAGGCACGCCAUCCCGGACGAAGCAAGCAGAUCGGUCAGCGAAACGAAAGAGCGCGAAGAACCUCGCUGUGGCCGACGACAACGACGAGGAUGACUGGGACGGGAGCGGGGCUUUGGCGCGGGAAAUCCUGAACCAAGACGAGGGAGAUGUCCAAGACUCGAUAGAAGUGAGCACACCAACGUCGUCCAAAGCUACACCGUCGAAACGCGGUAGAGGGCGACCGCCAGGAGCGAAGAACAAGCGAUCGCCCACCCCCGAAGGCGACAUCGCCCCAGAAGAGAAAUACUUCUUCCAGAAUCGCAUGGGCCCGCUGCGGAUAUCGAACAAUGUCUUCUCCAAAGUCAAGCCGUUGACACAUGAUGAGUACUUCGAAUACAGAGGUCAGGAGGACGAGGUACACAAGACAGAGAAGGCGUACUUGAUGAAGCUGCAUGGCAGAGCGUUUCCGCAAUGGGCACUCGAGCUAUCACUGGGCUAUAGCGUCUGUCUAUACGGCUAUGGAAGCAAGCUGCAGCUUACCACCAAGUUCGCAACGUGGUUGUACGGCAAGUCCAAUCCGCCGCCAUCGAUCGUGGUCGUGAAUGGCUACACCCCUAAGCUGAACAUUAGGACUGUUCUGAACACCAUCGGAUCAGUCUUAGUCGAGAAAGAGUCGGAUCUGAAGUUGGUUGGCCAACCACAGGAGAUGGUUGAGACUCUAUUGAUAUACCUGGAGCAGCAUCCUCCCGAGGCCACGUUGUACGUUCUUAUCAACACACUCGAUUCGGCGCCGCUUCGCAAGCUAGCUGUACAGUCUGUGCUAGCUCGACUGGCAGAACAUCCGCUGGUACAUCUCAUCGCCACUGCAGACUCGCCAACAUUUCCGUUGAUGUGGAACUCAUCUCUUCUGGACCGCUUCAACUUUGUGUUUCACGACUGUACAACAUUUGCGCCGUAUAGAGCGGAGCUAAACGUGGUAGACGAUGUCAACGAGCUGCUAGGACGGAAAGGGCGACGAGCCGGUGGACAAGAAGGCGUCCGAUAUGUUCUCCAGUCGCUUCCGCCAAACGCCCAGAAGCUGUACCGGAUCCUGAUCACCGAAAUCCUGUCGAUUCUCACAGGCGACGCCGAGCCUGAGGAAGACGAGGAGUCAGGGACAAGGGCCAAACCGACAUCAGAUGCUGCAGAAGACACGGGCGUCGAAUAUCGCAUCCUGUACGAUAAGGCAUGCGAUGCAUUUAUCUGUACAAGCGAGAUGAACUUUCGGUUCCUGAUGAAGGAGUUUCACGAUCAUCAGAUGAUCACGAGUCGAAGAGAUGCGGCUGGGACGGAACUGAUGUGUGUACCACUUGGGCAAGAGGAGAUGCAAGGUCUAUUGCAGGAUCUGAUAUCUCUCGACUAA